ACUCCGAAACCGUCAAUGAACAUAUGUGAAAGCAUUAGUAUAAAUAUACAAGCGAUUCCGCUGCCAGCAUUUUGAAUAAUAACUUCAGACACUAAGUAUUUUCCGCAAUAUUUGAUGUAAAAAAAAAACUGUCAAUUGUAGUAACACGUGUAUCGUGUAUCCUAUACCUUUUGGUUAACGUGUAUAGUGUAGAAGCUUGGUCGUAUACUUCAAAGUGUUUACCGAAUAUGUUCAUAUAUCAAAUAUAUACAUAUACACCUCUUCGUUGAUAACGGUAUGAUUCAUACUAGUUGCAGGUGGGUGCACGUAUAUAUGUAUGUAUAUAUAUAUAUAUAUAUGCAUUUGUUGAAUCUUGUAUUGCAUCAGUAUCCGUUAGAACGUCAAAGCGAACGAAUACAAUACUUUCCAGAUAGUGCGACAUUCGCACCGGGUGUAUAAGAUAAAUUGCAUAGUAUUGCAUCUAUAGUGAAAUUUAUAUAUUUGAUAUAACAUGACGAGAAAAGGUGGGAGAAAUAAGAAGCAGCCUGGAGAAUUAGGUUCCCCGAGUGCAUCGACCUCAUCGGCACCCGUAGGAUCCCAAGAUCGGUUCCUCAGGCUCAUCAGCAUGCGAGACAGCAAGAUCAACUACAGUCUCAGCAUCAGUUUCCUUCGCAAUUGUCUCAGCAGCCCCAACAACGCGAACGAGAAUAUGUUUGGUCCGUUAGAGGCAGGGGCCAAGGCAGAGGUUUCGGGCAUCCAGCUGUGGGAUCGCAGCCGAAUAUUUCUUACCAUCGUCAACAACAGCCAUCGCCGCAAGAAAAAACUGCUUGGCAGCGACUGCCACAACAACAACAACCUGUUCAGGAGCAAAGCUUUUGGCACCAGACACGGCAGGCACUUGAGGAGCAACGGCGUCCAGAAGGAUCACCGAAAAUUAAAGUAUAAAUAUACAAAAAACAUAAAUUACAGGCUUUGAAUAGUUUUUAUCGGUUUUGUGAUUGACAUAUUUGAUAGAUUUUUGAAACUUCGAAAAUUCACUGUAUGCAUAUUUUUAGGCUGCUGAUGUAGUUCAUGAAACAGCUGAACUCUUAUCAGAAGUAUCUUUGCACGUAUGUACUACAUGCAAUAAUAGAUUACUUUUCCCUAUCCCUAGAUAUAAAAAAGUCAUGAUCGGAUGAAGUGAUGCCAAUAAUGCGUCAAUAUGAUUGGCUCAUGUAGUGCGCAUGCGUUCCCUAUAUAAAAAAGUCAUGACCGGAUGAAGUGAUGCCAAUAAUGCGUCAAUAUGAUUGGCUCAUGUAGUGCGCAUGCGUUCCCUAUAUAAAAAAGUCAUGACCGGAUGAAGUGAUGCCAAUAAUGCGUCAAUAUGAUUGGCUCACGUAGUGCGCAUGCGUCAAAAGUAUCGUUAGAAUUUUUUGAUUUGUUUUUGAUUUCUAAAAUUGAUGUAAUAUAAUACUAUAAUACAUAUCAAAUUAUAAUUUGUGUAUUUGUAAUAUUCUAGAGACAUUCUACUCUCGAGACAUAACC